GCCAAAACCGACAGAGGUCUUCACUCUGAGGACAGCUCAUCCCCUGCCCGCCUUCACCUCAUUUCCAAAAACUGUGCACACCCACAACCAACCAAACCUCUUUAAAAAAACUGGCUUAUUAUUAUUAUACUCCUCAUAGCAUACAUUACAUUACAUGGAACCUCCUCCUCCUCUCCUCCUCCUUGACUUCUAUCUUCCUGAUAUUUCUCAGUUCUAAACCAUUUUCUUCUCAAAAUCUUUUCUUUCUGUCUUAAGGAAGAAAAAAGUUGCAAUCUUUCUGUUUCUUUGUUCCUCAAAGCUGUGUUCUUGGGGCUGUUUUUGCUGAGCAAGAUGAGUAAACAUGAAAUCUUGAAGGCUCCGACUUGUACUCUUAGGGUGAAUAUACACUGUGAUGGGUGCAAGCAUAAAGUGAAAAAGAUAUUGCAGAAGGUUGAAGGUGUUUAUGGUGUGAAGAUAGAUGCAGAGAGUGGAAAAGUGACAGUAACAGGGAAUGCUGACCCUGCAACACUUGUAAGGAAGCUAGAGAGUUCAGGGAAGCAUGCAGAACUAUGUUCAUCACAAAAUAAGGGGAAUAAGAUUCCAUUCAAUAUGAUGAACAAUCAGUUCAUGAAUUUGGAGCUUGGGGACUUCAAAGGUGGAAAAGACCUGAAAUCCCAUAGUAAAGGUGGGGGUAAGGACCCUAAGAAGGGUGCGGGGCAUAUGAUGCAAAAUCCCAUGAAGGGCGCUGUCCUAAAAGGCGUUCCUCCCAAGAACCAAAAAUCGGUCAAGUUCGAUUUGCCUGAUGACGAGUUUGAUGAUCUUGACGAUUUCGAUGAUGAGGACGAUGAUGAUUUUGAUGAUGAUGAUGAGUCCGAUGAUGAGCAUGAGGAUUGUCACCACCACCCACCCUCCAAGUCGAAAAUGAUGGGUGGCAAGGGCGGCAAAGGAAGUGGUGGUGGCAAGGGUGGAAAAAGCAGUGAUGGAAAAGGUGGAGGUUUUAGUGGAAUGAUGAAUAUGCUAAAGGGCAAGGCCGGUAAGAAAAGUGGCGGGAAACCCAAGAAAGGCGGCGAAGAGUUUGAAAUCCCAGUGCAUUUCAAGGGCAUGAAUGGUGGAAAUCACAAUGAUGGUAGUAAAAAAAGCAGCAAUGGAGAGAAGAAUGGAAAGGGAGGGUAUCAAAUUCAUGGUGGCGGCGGCGGUGCAAGUGGAGGUAAGAUCAGCAAUGGUAAAGGUGGUGGUGGUCAUAAGGGUGGAGAUAAUAAUUGGGGCCAACAGCUGAAAGGUGGAGGUCAGCAGAUGAUGAACAACAAUAUGCAAAUGAAGGGGUUCCAGGAAGCAUCAGGUGGUGGUAGAGGGGGUAUGGGCCAGAUGGGCCCAAUGGGUCCGAUGGGCCCAAUGGGCCAGAUGGGCAACUACCCAAUGGGCCAAAUGGGAAAUAUGGCGGCUGUCCAAGGUCUACCGGCAGCAGCUGCCAUGAAAGGCGGUUCUUUCCCGGGAAUGGGUGGGCCGCAAGGCGCAAACCCUUAUCAACACCCCCAACAUUAUCAACAACAGCAGCACCAACAACAACUGCAGCAACAGCAACAACAACAAUAUAUGGCUCAAAUGAUGAUGAUGAACCAAUAUCAGCAGCAGCGACCAAGCAGUUAUGACAUGUACGGUGGUGGUGGCGGGCCGCAUCCUAUGAUGUAUGCGCAGCAGCCACACCCGGGGAUGAGCUAUGGGCCGCCUAUGCACGCUCCUGUCAACGACAAUUUCACUCACAUGUUCAGUGAUGAAAAUACAGAUAGCUGUAGUGUGAUGUAAAUUUUGUUUUGCGACCCUCCAUGUUAUGAUUUUUUCAGUUUAGCCUCAUCAUGAGUUUUCAUUGUUUAUGUUUGUUGGUGUACUACUACAGUCAAUGUAAGGUAAUUGGCUCUUUUGGUAUGGUAGAUUUGCUAGCUGUGGCUCUUAAGACUUUAGUAUAUAUAUAAGUUAAUAAGUACCAUGUUUCUAACUCAUUUUCCCAUUAGUUCUGUCCACAGGUGUAAUUUUUCUUGCCUAGAUUGACAUCAAUAGUUGUCUUGCAGAAUUUUACUUGCAAUAAAAAUCUGAGUGAAUGAAAAGCAUUUUCUCCCUUUGGUAAA